AUGACAGAAAUUACACUAGACCCAUUGGAAGCUGAGGCUGUUGAAAAUAUCACCACCACAGCGAUGUCAUCGCAGAAAGACAGUCGCACAAAGAUUCUAGCGGAGCUGUGUCGGAAGAGGACGAAUGGAAAUCCAUUCUUUAUUGUUGAAUUUCUGAAGAUGCUCGAAGCCGAAGGUUUGCUCGCAUACGACACAUCACUGAAGAAAUGGGUCUGGGAUCCUGUAAUCAUUGAAGAAUCAACCAUGUCCACUGCAAAUGUGGUCGUGCUGCUACAGGAACGGAUGAGAAAGUUGCCAAAAUCGCUGCUGCAUAUCUUGGGCCAAAUUUCAAGGAAAGAACCCUGGCCGUCAUAUGGGCAACCCAUGGCAAAAUGA